GGAAGCACUUUACCUGUGGGGCUGAACUCGGUUAAAAUCCACUGCCAGAACGAAGCUGUGUACCAGUACCACGUCACCUUCAGCCCCGAGGUGGAGUGCAGGAGCACACGCUUCGCCAUGCUGAAGGAGCACCGGGCAGUGACAGGGGACGUGACAGCCUUCGAUGGCUCCAUCCUCUUCCUGCCCAUCCUGCUCCCCCAGCAGGUCAGUCUGAAGGCUCAGAGGAGAAGUGACAGGGAGGAGAUCACCAUCACCAUCCAGAUGACCAAGGUCCUGGAGCCCAGCUCAGAUCUCUGCAUCCCUUUUUACAACGUGGUUUUCCGGAGAGUGAUGAAAAUGUUGGGUAUGAAGCUUGUUAGUAGAAACUUCUUUGAACCUGACCAGGCCACUGUAUUACAGCAGUACAGGUUACAGAUUUGGCCGGGAUACUCUGUCAGUAUCAGGAAGAAGGAUGGUGGCCUCUUCCUCUUGGUUGAUGCUAUCCACAAAAUCAUCCGCAGUGAUUCUGUCCUGAAUUUCAUGCACACCAUCUACAAGCAAAACCUCAGCAGCUUCCAAGAUGAGUGCAUCAAGCAACUGGUGGGCAACGUGGUCAUCACCCGUUACAACCACCGCACCUACCGCAUCGAUGACAUCGACUGGGACAAAACCCCCAGGAACAGUUUCACCCUGGCCAGUGGUGAGGAGAUCACCUUCAUGGAUUACUACAGCAAAACCUACGGGAUCACCAUCAGGGAGCUGGACCAGCCACUGCUUGUCUACAGGCCGAGGGAAAAACAGACACCAGAGGGGAAGCGUCGGCUGGACAUGGUGCUGCUGGUGCCAGAGCUCACCUUCAUGACUGGGAUCCCUGAGAUGAGGAAGGACAGUCGAAUGCUGAAGGAGGUGACGCGGGAGAUGCUGCAGAGCCCCAGGCAGCACUACACGCGUCUCACCAGCCUCCUGCGCAGGAUCAAGGACAACCCCGAGGCCUCGCAGGAGCUGAUGCACUGGGGGCUCAGCCUGGACCCUGACAUCCACAGGACCCAGGGUCGAGUUCUCCCCGCGGAAAGGAUCAACCUGCGGCACAGCUCCUUCGUCCCCACCGAGGACCUGGGCUGGAGCAAGGAGGUCUCACGAGAAGCCUCCAUCUCAGUGAUCGCCAUGAAUUAUUGGCUGCUGGUUUACCCCAAGCGCUUGCACAACCUGGCAAAGGAUCUGUUGGCCACCAUGGAGAGUGUCUGUGGCCCCAUUGGCAUGCACAUCAGCCGUCCUGCCUUGGUGGAGCUGAAGGACGACCGCAUCGAGACCUACGCCAAGACCAUCCAAAGUGUUUUGUGUAGCGAG